AGGUCCGAUGAAGGGGUUCAGAGUCUCUCAGAUUUUGUUCUAUACAGAUUUAACUGCGUAGUUUGCGUAUAUGGGUUUCAUAAGAAAGUAACAUAAAUCAUUCGUAUGAACUCUAACGAGGAUAACGAAGAACAGAGCGGAAAUCCAACCGCAAGUAAGGCCCCAUCCUCAUUAUCAUCCAACCGACCAGAAACUGGUGACGGAAUGAAGCGGGCUUUAGCAAAACAGCUGAUUGAGAAAUACUACUACCAGCUGACUGAUGGCUGUGGAAAUGAGGGAUGCGAAAAUAAAUGUUGUGCAUCCUCCUCAGAUUUCACAUAUCGAGAACGUAGUCGGAAUGAACUAGCUGUCCAGGCAGUGGAGAUGUUCAAGGGUAAAGCCACAUUAUGUGAACUACAGCCAAGUAAAGUAGCUAAGAUGCCAGAGGACUGUGAACCAAGCCCAUGUAGCAGCCAUGACGUUGGGCCUCUUCCUGAGGUCACGUCAGCUACAGCCCUACUUGUACCUGGACCCUCGGCAAGGAUGAAUAAUCUCCCUUUACCAAUGUUAAAAAAAUUAUCGCCAAGUAGUAGUUCUUCUACACCAGAGAAAGAAGUCCUUUCCCCAGUUGCAAGGGAAACAAAGUUUUUGACUGAAGAGAUUCUAGUUAGCCUAAUAGCAGAUUGUAAAGAAAACAACAGCUGGUCAAAAUUGGUGAGAUUGAUAGGUUCUACCUACAAUAACACAGACUCACUAUUGCUCAGUUUUCGAAAAACCAAAGAAACAAGUGUGCCAAAAGAAAAAGAUGUAGAUAAGGACACAGAUGAAAAAGAAGAGGAUUCUCUUGCUGGUCAAGAGAAGAUGGUGAUUGAUGAAUCCAAGGAAGAAGAAGACACAGAGGAGGAGUUAUCUAUUGACAUUCCUUCAUUACGCAGGGCUUACACUGCCCUGUUGGAGAUCCAGGACACUCCAGUGAAGGGAGCACUGAUAAAUGCUCUCAUGUCCUUGGCUCGCUCAGUAGAAAUGGACUUAAAACAUCACAAGGUUAUGGACAGAAACCCACUCUAUAUCAACAUCUUUAUUAUUGUGAUGGAAAUUCCAUUAAUGUCCAGCCCAGAGUUCAUUGAAGGAGCAUUUCCCCAAUUCUGCAAAGCUUUGAGCCAAUUGUCACUACAUGGUCAGGCGAGAUUGGCCAAAGUGUGGUCCAGGUUUGGUGCUGACCGUCUGCACGAAAUGUUGCAGGCACUGCAUCAGCUCAUCACCAUGAGGAUUGUUCAGAGUGAGGCUAGGUGGGGUGGGGGCUACUACAUCAAUGAUGACGAUGGCAUAACUAGUGCUACCAAAGUCAUGAAAAUUCUUUUCUAUGCCAGCAUUUAUGGAAGUGAUAGAGACUUGAAGGAUUCUGUGGAAGAGGAAAAGUCUCAAAACGAAAAGACACUACAGGAUAUGUUCCAACUUCAAGGUGCAUUUGGCAAUGAGCCCAAGGAAUCUCGGCAACCCAAAGAAGAUUCUUUGGGUCAAGAACUGGGAGUGUCACCCUUGGAUUCCAGACAGCCUUUGGUAGCAUAUGAAGACUUCGUAAAUGAAAUAUUGAACGAAUAUGUAGACUUGGAAAUUGACUACAAAUACAAAUUAGAAAAUGAAUCAAAGUUUUCCUUCAUGAAUCACUGUUUUAUAUUGACAACUGCAUCAAAGCAAAAGUGCAUGAACUUUGACAACCGAGUGAGAAUGUAUAAUGAGAGAAGGACUUCUAUUCAGCAAACUGUUUUAUUUGGAACUCCACCUACACCCUUCCUUCGGCUCAGGGUCAGAAGAGAUCACCUCAUAGAUGAUGCAUUAGUUGCUCUGGAAAUGACUGCCAUGGACAAUCCCCAAGACUUGAAAAAACAGCUCAUUGUGGAGUUCGAGGGUGAACAAGGUCUGGAUGAAGGAGGCGUUUCAAAGGAGUUCUUCCAGCUUGUAAUAGAGGAGCUUUUUAAUCCUGAUUUUGGGAUGUUUACUUACAACGAAGAUACACAUUUCUUUUGGUUUAAUCCUACAUCUUUUGAAAACGACGGACAGUUCACCCUUAUUGGCAUAAUGCUUGGUCUUGCUAUUUACAAUAACACUAUUGUGGACGUCCACUUUCCUCCGGUUGUCUACCGAAAGUUAAUGGGUAAAAAGGGCAUGUGGGCAGACCUGAAAGACAUAGAUCCUACAAUGGCAAGCAGUCUUAAGCAGAUGCUAGAGUAUCAGGAGGAAGACUUUGAGGAGGUUUUCCCCCAGUCCUUUUGCAUUGACUAUAAAGAUGUAUUUGGGAGUGCAUUAACCCACGACUUGAAGGAAAAUGGUGCAAACAUCAUGGUUUGUCAAGAAAAUAAGCAGGAAUUUGUUGAUAUGUACACUGACUUCAUUCUGAAUAAAGCUAUUGAGAAACAAUUCCAUGCCUUUAAAAGGGGAUUUCACAUGGUGACCAAUGAGAGUCCAUUGAGAAUACUUUUCCUUCCAGAGGAGAUUGAACUGCUGAUUUGUGGUAGUAAACAAUUUGACUUUCAUGAACUGGAGGAAGCUACUGACUAUGAUGGGGGAUUCACUGUGGAUUCCACAACAAUCAAACAUUUCUGGGAAGUUGUCCAUAGCUUUUCAGAUGAACAAAAGCGAAAACUGGUCCAGUUUACAACUGGAACAGACCGAGUCCCUGUUGGAGGUCUCUCAAAACUCAAGCUCAUAAUAGCCCGCAAUGGGCCAGACUCAGAUAGACUGCCGACAGCACACACCUGCUUCAAUGUGCUAUUGUUACCGGACUAUUCCUCCAAGGAGAAACUCAAUGAAAGACUACUGAAGGCCAUCAACUACUCCAAAGGAUUCGGAAUGCUUUAAAAAGGACUUCACUUACAACUCCAAAGGAGGGAGAUGAAUUGGAAGCUGACAAUAUUAAGCUCACCAGGAGAAAUUCCUUGUAUUAUGAAUUUGAUAAUGAUGAGAAUUGUUGACAUUUUAACUGCUGAAUAUGAGCAGUAUUUGUGUUGGGCAAACCCAUUGUGAUGUGUUUUUGUAUAAUUUGUCCAGAGAUCUGUAAUUCUUGUUAGCAGAUUUUAUACUGGUGUGUCAUCUCCCGAUCAGAACUCUAGCCAUACCCAUCACUCCUAGCUGCACUCUGUAUGAAUCUUAUCCUUCCUGCAGAGUUAAACACAAAAUUUUGAGAUUUCAUAGUAAAGCCAUUGCUAAUACAUUGUUUUCCCUGAUACAUUGAAUUGUCUAGCUUUUUAUCAUAUUGUUCUAAUAUUGUUUACUUUUCCAUUUAAUUUUUAGUUGAUAAAUUGGUUCAUAAAUAUCUUUGUAACACUAGCUUAAAGUUAAGUUUGAUUGCAUUUUGAACAUAUCCUUUAAAAGUUUUCUUUCAAAGAAUUUAAAAGAAAAUAAAGAUGGGUACCAUCGUGCAAAGAAUUUCAAAGAAAUCAAAGAUGAGUACCAAUUAUCAACUUUGAUUUAUAUAUAGGGAAAUUGUUAUUAAAAGUUACAUUUUCAGAUUUCUUUAAAAUGUUGUUUAUGGUCAGUAAAUGAGCAAAACACAUAUCAGUUGUUGUGUUCAACAUGUAACAGUCUUCAUUACAGUGGUAGUCCCUUUAGUAGUGGUUAACUGUAGCUUUGGCUUUCUUGUACUUAGUCUCUUUAGUAGAAAGCUGAUUGAGUAUCUCCAACCUGCUUUGAAGACUGUGGGUAUGGCUGUCUUAUGGUCUUUAUUUACUGUAACACCUGACCUUGAUUACAAGAGUUCACAAAGUUAGGGCACCUAGAGUUGAAGAGAAAUAUAUCUGUGAUGACAUUUUAUCGAUGAGUAGUCAUACCCUAAUUCAGUAUAUCGUACGGAAGACUGGAUGGGAGCAUUUAUAUAUUGGUGUAGUAGAUUAACACUGUUGACUGUAUUGGUAACUUUGUGAAACAGAGGCCAGGAUUAAGAAUGGUUUGUAUUUAUUGUUAAGUAGAUAUUACAUUUAAUUUGUAAAUCACAAUCAGUUUGAUUCAACUUUGAUCAAAGAUUGAUUUAAAAAAAAAUGUCUGUGGAAAUGUUAUAUUUAUUAUUCAGUUCUUUUGAAGAUUAUUAAGUGUGGUUAUUAGUUCUAUAUACAGCAAAACUGAAAGCAGGUCCUAUCUAAGAAAUAUUUAUUUGCUUGUUUAUUUAAUAUUUCAAUUUCUGGUUCAUUCAUAUAAGGAGCACUUUCUGGAAAAAUGACAAAGACUACCGGUAAAAGUAAAUGCAUGGAUUGGUAUAUUCAAAUGAGGAUAUGUAAUUUCAUAGUUACAUAAUGUUCAUUGUACCAUUGGUAUCAAAUUUAUUUUGUACCAUACUGACAAUUGCAAGAUGAAUGAAAGCUAGUGGUGUUCUGUAAAUUAGAUCUUUGCAGGCUAAGUGAUAGCAAUGGGCAUUUGUACUUUGCUAAAUUUGCAGUUGAAAUGGCAGCAAGUUACAGUUUGUGCUUGUACUGUGGUAAGCUUAGUGAAAAGUGGCUUCUGUGCUUGCAAUGUACUUUUUACCUUUGUAAGGAAACUGUCAGGUAUGCCAUUAAUUAUUCUACUGUAUUUGUCACUUGAGCUUGCUUGGCAAUAUAAUCGUAUAGCUCUGAGGCUUUCUUUUGGCAAUUCCCCUUGAUUCAGUCCAGAUUAGUAAAACAAGAUACAUUUAAUAGAUUCAUAAAAAGAAAAGUUUUAAGGUACAGUGUUUUUUUUAUAUUUUUGUAUUUUGUUUGCUGGAGUACCAUACAAAAUAUGUUAAGGUCAGUUGGAUGAUUAUUUGGAUGAUUGAAGUACAUGUACUUGUAUGCCUGCCAAACCUGUUACAGUGUUGUUAAUAUACAUGUAUGAUUGUGUAGUUUCUGUUUGGAGAUAGAUUGCAUAGACUGAAACUCUGUCAAACAUCCCUGAUAAGAAUUUGAAGUUCUAGUAUAUGUAUGGGGAAAAAAGAAUAAAGACUUGCCAUUGUAUUAUGUGCUGUUAUGAUAAUUCCAGAUUUAGUAUAUAUUAUCUGCUCAGUUGAUAUCCAUGUUGUAUUCAUGAGUUUGUGUUGUGUAACAUAAUUUCAGCAAUAUGUCUAUGUAUGUGAUCAGGGCAAGUUUUCGUUAAGAAAAAUCAAUAUUGAAGCUAAAGUUUACACAAUAUCUUAGUUAUCUCCCCAGUUGGUGAUUCCAAUGACCUGAUCUUGAUGCAAUUUUUACUAGAAAUAAAUGCAAUAGAUGCCAGAUGUAAAUCCUUACUACAAUAAGAUUGCAUGGAAUUAAACAUGUAAGAACAGAGUAUAUCUUAACUUCUUUUUUUCAUUAUCACAAAUUACUUAUAGAUUCAGACAAAGAUGUUAUUAUCUUUAUUUUUCUUCAGCGAAGCAAUCCCGGUUCACAUUCUGAUUUUGGUGUUGAUGGACGACACCGUUUUCCAUUAUCUUGUUUUCUACCCUUUUAGUGUAUAUACAUCACAAAAUGAACUUUAACUAUGAUGUAAAUGUGUCUGGGCUCACUUGGUAGUGCCCCAUUACCAUAUUUACUGAAGAGAUUUAAAAUAUUGAAUUUUCUGUGCUAGCUAUAACAAUAAACGCUGACAUGGAUUGUAGUGCUUGUGGUAGUUUUUCAUCAAAAUUUUACAACUUCUAAAGGAACACAAUAUAUAUUCCUCGAUUUAAAGAAUUGGAGAAAGUAAAUUUUAUGGAUGUUAAAUUAAGAAUUAUAUAAAACCUAACAGUUUGUUAACGGUAUGAUCUUUUUAUUCAUAAUUUUGGGUAAUGCUGACCUUUUUAUUUUCUACAUUACAAGUAUCAUUGUGUUAAGAACAGACAUUUACAAAUUAAAUUUUAUCAAAAAUAAAA